UUCCGAUUCUUGGAAAAGCCCCUUAUUAUAGAACUAGAUGCACCACCACCACCAGUAAUUGGCUAGCACACUCUGAAGGGGAGACAAAAGCAGGAAGAGUACAAAAGUACUGCCCAACUUUCUUGUUUCUGCUGAAGAAGCAGGAGUGGACCUCAAGCCAAAAGCACAGCUGAGAGCUCAUCCUCUCCGGAGCAGUGAGUGCAUCCACUGGACACAGGAUUUUCUGUGCCUUAAUCUGCUUGAAGUCAUGGGUCAGCUGUUCUCUUCAAGUAACAGUGAGCAUGAAGAUUUGGCCUCCAGCUUUACUAAAUAUUUUCAGAAAUUUAAGACAGGAAGCAAAAUCAUUCCUCAGGAAAUCAUCAAUUCGGUUGAAUUAAGCAUGAGAAAAGGGAACAUUCAGAGGGCAAACUCUGCAAUCAGGGAUGCAUUAAAAGAAAUCGAUAGUACCCCGCUCAAUGUUGCUAUCACUGGGGAGACUGGAUCAGGGAAGUCCACCUUCAUCAAUGCCCUGAGAGGCAUUGGGGAUGAAGAGAGAGGUGCAGCUAAAACUGGGGUGGUAGAGACAACCAUGGAGAGAUAUCCAUACAAACACCCCAAUAUGCCCAAUGUGGUUAUUUGGGACCUGCCUGGGCUUGGAUCCACAAAGUUCCCACCAAAAACCUAUCUGGAGAAAAUGAAGUUCCAUGAGUAUGACUUCUUCAUCAUUGUUUCAUCCACACGCUUUAAGCAAAAUGAUAUAGACCUCGCCAAAGCAGUCGGCAUGAUGAAGAAGGAAUUCUACUUCGUGAGAACCAAGGUGGACUCUGACUUAAGAAAUGAAGAGGAAAGCAAACCUCAAACAUUUGUUAGAGAAAAAGUCCUGCUGGGCAUCCGCCUUGACUGUGUGAAGAACUUUCAGGAGAGUGACAUUGCUGAGCCACCGAUCUUCUUGAUCUCUAGCAGAAAUUUUGGUGACUAUGACUUCCCCAUCCUGAUGGACAAAAUGAUAAGUGACCUUCCUGUAUACAAGCGACACAAUUUUAUGCUCUCCUUACCCAAUAUUACAGAUUCAGCCAUUGAAAGGAAGCAGCAAUUUCUGAAGCAGAGGAUUUGGCUGGAAGGCUUUGCGGCUGGCCUGCUGAAUAUCAUCCCUCCACUGAACUUGGACAGUGAUUUGGAGACUCUGAAGAAAAGCAUGGAGCACUACCGCACUGUGCUUGGAGUGGAUCACAGAUCUUUGCAGAGUUUGGCGAGGGACUGGAAAAUGCCAGUCGAUCAGGUGGAGGCCAUGAUGAAAUCCCCUGCCGUCUUCAAACUUACAGAUGAAGAAACAAUAGAAAAAAGGCUUUCAAGAUAUUAUCAGGAGUAUUGUGUGGCUAAUGGGUAUUUAGUUAUUGAAAAUCAUUAUCUUAGAAAAAUAUUUUACCUGAAAUAUUAUUUCCUUGACAUAGUGACUGAGGACUCUAAAACUCUUCUCAAAGAGAUAUGUUUAAGAAACAACUUGGUUUCUAAUUAGGCUGAAGUCCCAUGGCAGUCAAAAAAUCAGAAUCAAUGACAGAAAAAUAGGACUCUGAUACUGUAAAAAAUAUACUGGCUUUAUCCAUGCUACUAUAGCUUUAUCCACAUUUAGUGAUAGCAAGGGGAUCAGAUGCGUAUAAAUAAACCGAUAGCUAAAAACUAUCUCCUCACUUUGAGUAAACUCUCACAUCUAGUAAUUUUACUUAUAUUCAAACUUGUUUAAUAUAAAUCAACAUCCAUGUUCAGGGUUCACAUUGUGGUGUUUAGUAUUGUCAACUCGACAAACUCUAGAGACACAUGAAAGAUGAGCCUCUGGGCUUGCAUUUUGCUUAUGUUAAUUGAGCUUGGAAACCCUUCCCACUGUGGGUGGCACCAUUCCCUAGCUAAGCAGCAGCAUAUUUCCACUCUUUCACAGCUCUUGGGUUUUUUGUUUUUGUUUUUGUUUUUUUUUUUUUUAACUGUAGAUGGAGUGGCACUAAAUGCCUCAAGAUACUGCUGUGAUUUCUUGAUAAUGACAUAUAUAAUCUUAAACUUGAUUCUGUAGACUCUCUUCAUAGACAUAUUAAAGGAGAAACCAUAACUGGGCUGGAAAGAUGGCUCAGGAGAUAAAGAAGACCUUGCAAGUCUGAAGACCUGAGUUCUGAUUCCCAGAACCCUCAUAAAGCCAGCUAACCAUCUGGAAUUCAUGUACCUCUAUGGUGAGAUGGGAGGCAGAAAGAGAAAACUUUUGGAAGAUCAUAAGGCCAGCUGUCCUGCCAUAUACAGCAGUGAAUAAGAGGCCCUGACUCACGCAAGUAGAAGGUAAAAGCCAACACGCAAGCUUGUCCUCUAAUCUCUGCAUACAUGCCAUGUCAUGUUCAUGCCUGAUAUCACACAUGGAAAGAUACACACACAAAAAAAGUUUUGUUUUGUUUUGUUUUUCAUUUAAAAAAAAAGAGGGAAGAUUUGGGGCAAUAGCUCAGUGGUAUAAUAUUUGCCUCACACUCAUAAGGCCUAAAGUUCAAUCCCUAGAACUCCAGAAAAAGACAAAAUGUACAGGGAUGGCUUUGAGGUUAAGAGAAAUGGCUCAUAGGUUAAGUAAACUGGCUGCUCGGGAGGGAACAAAUAAGGGGUUUUUUGGAGGGGAAACCAGGAGAGGGGGUAACAUUGAAAUCUAAAUAAAGAAAAUAUCUAAUAAAAAAUAAAAUUAAAAAAAAGAAAACAGUAAAAAGAAAAAAGGAAAGAAAGAGUGAAUGAAUGAAUACUGGCUGCUUUUCCAAAGGAUCAGGAUCCAAUUACCAGAACUCACACAGUAGCUCACAGUUGCCUUCAACUCCUUUUCGAGGAGAUGAUCUGAUAUCAUCUCCUGACAUCCUAGGAGAUCACAUAUGGUCCUAGGGAUUAGGCACAUGUGGUAAACAGACUUACAUGUCAAGCAAACAUUCAUACAAUAAAAGAAAAUUAAGAAAAAAUUUAAAUAUAUGAUUAAGUUAAAAAAGGGAGAGUGAAACAAUAACUUAGAGAUCACCAUAGCCUUAAUCAAGAAUUUCUAACACAUCCUAUCUAGUCAAAAUCCUGAGAAAAUACUAAAAAGGCCUUCUAAUUCUAUCCAGAACUAGGGGAGAUGAUGACUGUCUCUACUUUAUAAUGACUGGUGUUUGGAAUGCUAUAAUAAUAAAUGGCUGCUCUACUCCACAUCAAUACCAAAAGUCAUUUAAUAAAUUCUU